GAUUAUUGCCCUUGGUCACUAUAUGGCGGACGCUGUCGUUAGCUCCCUCCUUCAGAACUUGUCACAGCUUCUGCGCGAUGAAUUCAAGUUGCUUUCGGGAGUGAAGGACAAAAUAAAUUCACUUAGGAAUGACCUCAGGUUUAUAGACAUCUUCCUCAAGAGAUCGAUGGAUAACCGCAACGACGACCUUGUCAAAGAAGUGGUCAAUCAAAUCAGAGAUGUUGCCUUUAAGGCCGAGGAUGUUGUUGACAUCUACGUUGCCACUAUUGCCGAACAUAGAAGCAGAAACAUAGUGAGCAAGUUAUUCCAUUUAAAAGAACGUUUCAUGGUGCUUCACGAAGUCAAUGAUGAGAUAGAGAAGAUCAAGAACCGUAUUGAAGAGAUCUAUAAAAACAGGGAGAGAUACUGUAUCACAGAACGUGCAUCCACAAGUGAAGAUGUUGAUGCUAUUGCUGCUAAAUCACUCCGCGAAAGGAGGAAGGACGUGGAAGAAAAAGACGUAGUGGGGUUCGUGAAUGACUUAAACUUCGUGAUUGAGAAGCUCGUGGAAGAGGGUGAUUCAGGUCGCAAAGUUGCUUCGAUAGUCGGCAUGGGAGGGUUGGGUAAGACCACUUUUGCCCGAAAGAUUUAUAACAACGAACAAGUGAAGAAGUGCUUUCCUCUUCGUGCAUGGGGUUAUGUGUCCAACGAUUACAGAGCGAGGGAGCUUUUGCUGAGCCUUCUCAAGUGUUUGCUGUCCACAUCUGAAUAUGAUGAUUUGUUCAAGAAGAAGGAAGAUGAAGUUGAAGAUAUUGCUGGAAGUGAGGAAAAAUUGAAGACAAAGGUGAGAGAAUGCUUGAAAGGGAAGAAGUACUUUGUAGUGCUUGAUGAUAUAUGGAACACUGAAGUGUGGAACAGCAUAGAGGAUGCCUUCGCAGACGAUGAUGAUGGCAGCGUUGGCAGAAUACUAAUAACUAGUCGUGAAAUGGAAGUUGGAAACUAUGUUGGAACCAUAUCUCCCUAUCACCUUCCCUUUCUCAGUGUAGAAGAAAGUUGGCAUCUCUUCUCUAAGAAAGUGUUUCGAGGUAAUGAGUGUCCGUCAGAUCUCGAGCCUCUCGGUAGAUCCAUUGUUGAGAGUUGCAAGGGCUUGCCACUUGCUAUUGUGGUCUUAGCGGGACAUGUUGCAAAGAAGGAGAAAUCACAAAGAGAGUGGACAAAAAUCAAGAACAUCACUUGGCAUCUUACUCAAGACAAGAUUCAAGUUAUGAAUAUACUAAGGCUUAGUUAUGACAGCUUGCCUCGAAGAUUGAAGCCAUGCUUUCUGUAUUUUGGAAUCUACCCUGAGGACUAUGAGAUCAGGGCGAGGGAUGUAAUCCAAAUGUGGAUAGCUGAAGGGUUCAUUCAACUACAUGAAGCUGGAAUCCCUAGUCCAGCAGAACCAGAAGAUGUUGCAGAGUGCUACUUGGAUGAGCUAGUGGAUCGCAGCUUGGUGCAAGUGGCAAGCAGGAAGAGUGAUGGGCGUGUCAAGACAUGUCGAAUUCAUGAUCUUCUCCGCGAUCUCUGCAUUUCAGAGAGCAAAUCUGAGAAGUUUAUGGAGGUUUGCACAGAUCCCAACGACAUGGAUACGCUGGGCAAUGCUACCCCUCGUAGAUUGUCCAUCCAAUCCAAGGUAACGUCUAAUGAGUCUGGAUACAAUGCGAAUCUAUCAUGCGCUCGUUCCUUUUUCUUCUUUUCCGACGAGACCGACUACUCAAUGGAUCUUGGUGAGAAAAGCCUCAAGUUGGCUCGCGUUGUUUAUUUAAAAUGCGAGCAAUUCUGCCUAUUUUCACUACCUCCUGUUGAUAGGAAAAUGGUCCAUCUAAGGUACUUGAGAGUAGAUAAAAUGGACCUUAGCAUUCCAGCUUCCAUACGCAACCUCAUGAAUCUAGAAACCCUUGAUGUACGUUUUGCAGAGAUGGUCUCCAUCGAAAUUUGGAAGCUCAAGCGACUGAAACAUCUUUAUAUAAGGAGUCUUGAGAAGGUACAAGUCCUACCAGAAUCACAACGGAAAAUAAAGGGAAACUUGCAAACCCUCCUGUUAACCAGUUCCCAUGAUCCAGGAAUGGUGUCCCUACUAAACAAUGACAUAUUUCCCAGGUUGAGAAAAUUAAUUUUUUUUUGGUAUGAUACUUCCAUCAAACAAUUACCAAGUCUAGACCACCUCAGCAAUCUCCAUAGCCUGAAAAUAAAUACCUCCCUAGAACUUCCAUCAGAAGCAAAUGCGUUUCCAUCAAAUCUUACCAAGGUAACCUUCCAAGAAAUAUAUGGGGAAUCUGCACCCUUGUUUCUGAAGAAUAUGAAGGCUGUAGGACAACUUGCCAGCCUCCAAAUUUUGAAACUAAAAGGGUUUUAUCAUGAGAUUUGGUUUGACCUUAAUGUUGACGCUGGAGAGUUCCCACAACUAAAAGUGUUUCAAAUGAGUGGAAUUCUAAUCAAUAGUUGGAUAUUAAAGGAAGGUGCAAUGCCGUGUCUCCAAAAUGUGGUCAUCAAGGACUGCUCUUUGUUGAGAUGGAUUUCUGAACAACUCUGGUCUAUCACUACCUUACGAGAAGUGCAUGUUUUGAACCCGCGCAAACAAUUAGCUGACAGACUCCGAAGGGUGGAGUUGAAGAAUAGUUGUAAGCUCGUAAUCUCAGGGGUUGUCAGGGAAAGCGAAGAUGCGGUUUGGUCAGAAGGAGAAGAUAUAAAUUAAUAUAUCAAUUAUGUAUUUGUAUAAUAUAUAAUUAUCUUAAUUUAAAAUAAUAGAUUGUCCAUCCAAUGCAAGGUAUGGUGGACUACUAACAAUUUGAAUCAGUUGUGCACUCGUUCCAUCUUCUUCUUUUCUGAGAAGGAUGAGUACCCAGAGGAUGUUCUGGAAAGCUUCAGGUUGGCUCGCGUGAUAUAUUUCGAAACCGAAGCAAACAUGAUUGAUCCAGAACCCAUGAUUGAUUGGAAGAUGAUGAUCCAUCUAAGGCACUUGAGAAUAUGCACUGGUCAGUGACAUUCCAGCUUCUGUACACAACCUCUGGAAUCUAGAAACACUUGAUGUACAAGUUUCAGGAACGGUCUCCAGUGAAAUUUGGAACCUUGAGCGACUUAAACAUCUUUAUAUAAGGUAUGCUGAGAAGGUACAAGUCUUGCCAAAGUCGAAGAGGAAAAAAAAGGGAAACUUGCAAACCCUCUUUUUAAACUGUUACGAGGGUCAAGAAUUAGUGUCCCUGCUAAACAAUGACAUAUUUCCCAGGUUGAGUAAAUUAAUGUUUUCUUCG